CACACACUUCAAAUAGGCUUGUAAACGGCUCCCUGCUACUUUUUAUUCAGCUUGUAAAACGGUGGUUCAAGUCCAGAGUUUUAAAAACCUACAUGCUAUCUUUCCUACAGUCAGCGACAUCUGGCAGUAGGCUAGUAGGCUUACUAUCACAUUUCUGAGCACAAAAGAAUGAUUUGAUUUAUAUCCUACAUUGGGUAAAUACAGUCUAACCAUGUGAUUCACAGAGUAACCAAUAGGCAGCCGAGAAGAAGGUAAGGGCAGGAAAAAAUUACUACCAUUUUAGGGUAGGAUGUAAGCCACUAUACCAGCCCAUCUAACGUUUUACAGUCGCACUUAAGUGUCUUUUUAUUGAAAUAAUAAAAUAAACAUGUCGCUAACGAAUUAUUAUUCCAUGAUGGGGCUCCAGACCGAGGAGCCGUACGGUGCACAUUUCAUCCCGGGAGGCUUGCAGAGUUCGACGGCCGGCUGCGCAAAGCCAGCCCGGGGAACCGAGGAGGAGGGGACCCCCGGCUCACACAUUCCGGAUUUUUCACAUUUCUCCAACAAACAAACCAGCUUAAAUGGCUUCUCUCCUUGGACAAACACCCCAACAUCCUCCUCGUCUUCUUCUCCGCAGCUGCAGCCCGCCCCCGGCGCCUCCAUCCCCGGGCUUUUCCAUCCACACCACCUCCUGAGCCACCACCAGCCCUACUACGGCCCGCAGACGCAGACCCACGCCGAACACCUCGCAUCCGCGGCCGCCUCGGAGAGUAGGUUCGUCCGCUGUUGGGAGGGGGCGGCCCCCACCCCGGAGUCCACUCUGUCUCAAGCUUCCUCCGGUUUCCCCGGGUGUCUCCCAGCUCAGGGUGACCUCUCUAAUCCGAGCCCGAGGUUUGAGGCUGUUAAACCCGAGAGUUCACCGCCCUCACACGGCAGCCCCGGGGAUUCCAGCUUCGCGAGCCCGACUGAGGUGGUUCUCGAGCGGCUGGGGACCGUGGAGGAGCUGGGAGGGAAGCCGGAGCCUAAGAAAGAGGACGAGGAGAGGAAAACACAGCAGCAGCAGCCUGAACCGGAUAAUCCAUCAGCUAGUUGGAUCUCCGCCAAAUCGACCCGGAAGAAGAGGUGUCCAUACACCAAACACCAGACCCUGGAGCUGGAGAAGGAGUUUCUCUACAACAUGUACCUGACCAGGGACCGGCGCCUGGAGGUGGCGGGACUCUUAAACCUGACAGAGAGACAGGUCAAAAUCUGGUUCCAGAACAGACGGAUGAAGAUGAAGAAGCUGAUGAUCCGGGAGAGGAGGAACAUGAAUGAAUGAUGGAUUUGGAGUGGAGGCUGGGGGGUUUGGUCUUUUUCCCAGGAUAGGUGAGGAGGAGGUGAGGUUAUUAGCUGUUAAAAUAAAUGCCCUGUGAUGCCCAACUUCUUUAACAUCAGCUGGCAGGAUUGUAGAGUUAACUGCAGCAAUGGUGAAACUCUGCAGGGGAGACCAGGGUGUGUUGUAACACUUUCCAAAAAAAAAAAAAUUCCCAUCAGCAUCUUUUGGCCUUUUCAUGUUUGAUCUUUUGGAGUAAAAGUCUUCCAUCUGCAUGUUACAAAACAAAGAGACACCGCCGUCCAGCUCGAAACUGAGCUAGUUGUAAAUAACGGUCAGAAUAAAACAUUUAAAGGAAGAUUCAUAAAUUGAAUAAAAAAACAUACUAUUUGAUAUGAAUGGCUCCUUUUUAAAAACACAUCUGUUUUUGAUUAGGUUGUAUAUCUCACAUGUCCAAAACUGAAACUACUUGACACAUACUUGACUUCACAUAAAAUGCCUGCGGCUGAAUGCGAAUCAUGUUUUAUGAUUCAAUGCUAAAACCAUCAUCCCCAUAAAACUAUUCUCAGUGUGCCAUGGGAGACUGUACUACAAGGAAACUAUCAAUCCCAUGAGUGAUCUCAUGACUGAGCACCUGUCUGACAUGACCUGAAAAAUAGUUGCAGAGGGUUUAUUUGGAAUUAAUCAGACCUACUUGUGGAAAAGAAACCAAAACAAACAGAAGUCUGACAUUUAGGAACAUAAAGGGCUAAAAGGAGCAGUGGAUGUACUUUAAUACUUCUGUUAGCUUUGAAUAGAUGCUGAAAUCUGUAAAUAUUAGUGGUUUAAAAUAUUGUAACUUUAUAUAAUUUGCAUGGCAGAGUGUUAUUAGACCUUAAGACAUGUAGGCACAUUUACUGUGGCUGGACUGAUUGUUCAUAUUCUGCUACUCUCAUUUCUCAUUGUAGUGGACGAUGCCAUUUAGCCUUACUGAGAGAGCACAUGUGUGAAAUUCAUGUUUUCUCAUCUAAAAUAUUGCAUUUCAUAUGUCAAAUAUGAUAUUUCACAUGUAAAAUAGGACAUUUUUACAUGUGAAAUGUCUGCGUCAUGUACAGAUUGUGAUUAUAUGUGAAUUUAUCACAUGAAAUCGUCGUUUUCACAUGUGAUAUCCUGCAAUUCACAGGUGAAAUAUCCGCAAUUCACAGGUGAAAUAUCCACAAUUUACAGGUGAAAUAUUCGCAAUUUACAGGUGAAAUAUCCGCAAUUCACAUCUUACCUUCAGCAUGUGAGUGUCUGAAAUGCAUUUGGUGCCAUAAACGUGUGAAAAGUUUCACCUGUGAUGAACUCACUUGUGCUUUUUUUUUUUUUUUUUUUUUUUGUAAAGGAAAGUUUGUUCAAACCAGAGCUGUCACAGAAUAAGUGUCAUAACCAAACAUUACUCCAGACUUCUUUUUAAGGUGUAAAAUUAAACCUUGUGUUACUUUAAUGAAAAAAUUCAUCUCUGCAGUGAAAUACAGUUUAUCAAAGAUCUUCUCUGUUCAGUUGACGACAUGUUAAUUCCCCCAGAUACCGCUCAUAAAACAACAGGGGGAGAAAUUACAAGUAAUGCUCUGCCAUUUUAUCUGUAGUUUGACCAUAAUUUAAAUGAUCUCAUGCAGCUGUAGAGGACGACAACCUGAGAGGAGUAUUCUUAAGUAUUUUCCAGGAUUGUGGAUAAAUAUAUAGAAAAAUGUGUAGCUCAUAACUGCUUGAAAACCUUGAGGCAAGUUUGCUAUUGUAGCCUCACAGUGUUAAAUUAGCAUAAAGUAAGGUUUGUGCAGGAAGGUUUGUGAUGUUUUCAAAUACAAUUUACAAAAUUAGAAUCAUUAAAUACAUUUUUAAACUUUAAUAAACAAGAAAAAGGUUAAAUAAAUUGAAGAUACCACAGUUUCGGUGAUUUCCAGUGUAUUUCAGGUGUUUCCAGGUGAGUAAUGCAGCAGUGAGAGGCAGAUACACAGAUAAUCAUGUGAUUUUUUUUUUUUUAUCAUGCAUCUGAUUGGUUCAAUUAUAUGUGUUACAACCUACCCCUGUCUCCCCUAAAAUAUUCUUCAGAAAGGACUUUAAACAUUGUGUUCAUCAAAACAGAAUAAGCCUCCUUGUUUUGUUUUUAUAAACUGUGCAUGUGGCCUCGUGGGCAUAUUUGUUGUUAUUGUUGUUGUUGCUGUUGUCAUUGUUACUACAGUAUGUAUAUCUGUUGUUCUCAUAUGUCUAUA